CAAACGGCCACCGAGAGCCAAAAGCACAGACGAGGCCACUUCCUCUUCUUCCUUCCUCCACAGCAGAGCCAAGAAGAAGCACGAGGGGUCAGGGAAUCCAACCAAGCCCAGGAAGAUGGGUGCGACGCUCCUGCAGGCGGUGGCGGCGCUGGUGGGCCGGCUGCAGCGGGCGGCGCGGAGGAUGGCUGCCGGCGCCGGAGGGGCCGGCAAAGGGUCGCCGCCUCGCGCCGUCGUGGCGCCGUGGAAGAAGACGUUCUCGCUGGCGCCGUCGGGGAAGGCGGCCAGGGAGGCCGAGGCCGGGGUGUGGAGGAAGGAGAUCCUCAUGGGUGAGCGCUGCCAGCCGCUCGACUUCUCCGGGGUCAUCUACUACGACGCCGAGGGCCGCCGCCUCGCGCAACCGCCGCCGCCCAGGUCGCCCAUGCGCAGCCCGCUCCCGGCCUCGCCCAGGCUCGCCGCCAACGCCUGCACCUACUAGCUACUCCGUAUUAGGCUUGGAUCGGAGGGGUUGGGGGCUCAGCGUUCUUUGCUCUUGCCUGCAACGCGUUGGCCGCAAGACGGCGAGCUUGCUCUGUUUUAGUUGGGGAUGAGGCAGAGUGUGUGUCUGCUGGGGGAUUGUAGCUGUACCUGUACAUGAUCCUGGUGUUCCUCUUCUUCUUCUCUUUUUCUUUCUGUUUUUCAUUGGUGUUGUAAUCAUAGAAUAUGCAAUAGCUCGUUUGAGGAUUAUAUUGUCCGGUUUGCAUCUUUUCACUCAGCUCAUCAGUAAGGCAACACAUUUUCUCACAUA